AUCUCUUGAAGGCAUUCAAUGCUCCAUGCCAGUAAAUGAUGGGUUAAAAGCAGUCUCUCUCAGAUAGCUGGACAAGCGUCAGGGAGGUAGCUGCUGAAUUGCUAUAUUUGUAACGGGUGGAAACAGAGAACGGCGUUACCUGGGGCCGCUUGCAGACCAUUGACUUUUUACCCAAGAAUGACGAAAGGAGCAACGUCAACGUUGACACUCGUCUGGGCACUGGUGACGAUGUCUCUGCAUCCGGAAGCAAGAGUUGCCAAGGAAUGCACAAAUCCUGAAAGCCAGAAAUGCCCCACCCUAUGCGCUUGUAGCUUUGAUGACUGCAAUGACGAUGUGAGUGUCUACUGUAGUGUACGGAACCUUACAAGCCUGCCUGAAGAUGUGCCCAGAAGUACAAGGAUGCUGUGGCUGGAUGGGAACAAUUUCACGACUUUGCCAGCUCUUGCUUUCAGGAACCUUUCCAGCCUGGAAUUUCUUAACCUUCAGGGCAGCCAGUUGUCAGGUAUUGAACAACAUGCCUUCCAUGGCUUGGAAGGGCUGUACUCUUUGCUCCUUGAACGCAAUCGGCUGAAGUCACUGACACCCAAUAUCUUCCUCCACCUUCAGAAUCUGGCUUCUUUGCGUCUCAACAACAACCAGUUUAGCAAGAUUGAAGAAGGUGUAUUUGCUGGGCUUUCCAAUCUCUGGUAUUUGAAUCUAGGGUGGAACUCCUUGGUGGUCCUACCAGACAAAGUGUUUCAUGACCUACCCAAUUUAAGGGAGAUGGUCCUGGCUGGAAACAAGCUGCACUAUCUCCAACACCAGUUGUUUUAUAGCCUCAGUGAGUUGAGAGAACUUGAUCUGAGUUGGAAUUCCCUCAAAGGCAUCAAAGGUAACAUCUUCACAAAGCUUCAAAAGUUGCUGAAACUUUACCUGAAUCAGAACCAAAUUAAUGCCAUUGCUCCACGGGCCUUUGUGGGUAUGAAAUCUUUGAGAUGGUUGGAUCUCUCCCACAACCGUCUUGCUACACUUUUUGAAGACACGUUCCUGGGUCUUUCGAGCCUGCAUGUCUUGCGUCUCUCCAGCAAUUCCAUCGUUAGUUUGAGCCCAAGGACUUUUAAAGACCUGCAAUUCCUGGAAGAAUUGCAGCUAGGAAACAAUAAGAUUCGUAGCUUACUUGAAAAGAGCUUUGACAAAUUGGGUCAGUUGGAAGUUCUUACUCUAAAUGACAACCAGAUUCAGGAGAUCAGGACUGGGGCAUUCCUUGGACUUUCAAAUGUGGCAGUGAUGAACCUUUCAGGGAAUUGCCUUAUGACCCUUCCUGAUUUCACUUUCAGGGGUCUUAGCCAGCUCCACAGCCUUCAUCUGGAAAACUGCUGUCUCACAAGGAUCAGGCCACAAAUGUUUUCUGAUCUCUCCAGUCUGCGAAGGCUCUUUUUACGAUUCAAUACCAUCUCCGUAAUUGAAGAUCACAGCCUGAAUGAUUUACAUGACCUCCUUGAUCUGGAUCUCAAGCACAAUCAGCUGAGUAGCCUGUCCUCAAAUCAGUUUGCAGGCCUGAGGAAUCUUGAGUAUCUCCUUCUUUCCUUCAAUCAGCUGGUAGAAAUCUCUCCUGAAGCCUUUGCCCCAUUGUUGCGUCUCUCCUGGCUUGAUCUCUCCAACAACCUCUUGGAGACGCUGGACAGCAGCGUCUUUGCAUCUUUCUCAAAACUGUCUUAUCUGAAUGUCAGGAACAAUUCUCUAAGAACCUUCUCAGUGGAUUGGCUCAGCCCCUCACCUACAUUAGUUCAGCUAUGGCUAGAAGGGAACAAAUGGGACUGUAAUUGCUCUCUCAAGGGACUUCGAGACUUUGCUCUGGAGCAGCCCGGUGUGGUUCUGCGGUACACACAAUCCAUUACAGAAGGGGAAGCACCUGAAUAUACCUACAACAAUAUCACUUGCCUUAGCCCAGCAGAAGUGGUAGGACUUGAUCUACGGGAUAUUCAAGAAGACCAUUUUGUUGAUUGUUAAGUAUUUGUCAUCUUCUCGCUUCCUAAGAAACUUUCUUUCUAUGUAGCCAGUACAGAUGCAAUGUUCUGAAUUCUAUGAUUUGACUAAAUGCAUUUGUCCCUGUAGAAUUCAAGUAAUUCCCUUGCUUGUACCCUGAACAGGGAGAGAAUGGGUUUACAUUUUUUUUAAGUCGUUAUUUCAGAGCAUAUAUUAUUUUUCUGAACCUGGGAAGUUGAAGCAGUAGCCCAAAAGGCAAUGGCAAACCUUCUGCAUGGACUGGGCAGGUCUGUGAAGUCAACAGGAGUCAAGCAGAACUUGAGGGAGUCCUCAGUCACCACAAGUGGCAACAAGGACUUAAGUGUCCUUGGCUGAACUCAAAAAAGCUAUCAGGGCAGACCUUAGUACUUGGUUGGGAGUCCAGCAGGCAUUUGUAGAGCUGUAGAUCAGACUGGGAAGUUAAACAAAACAACUCAGAAGGUGACAAACUAUUUCCCUAUUGCUUUCAAGAAAACUGCAUGGACUUCUUCAUCCAGUCACCCAAAAUAAAGUUUGACUUGAUGGAGACAUUAUCUUAGCAUGUAGGAAAAUAAAUAUCAAGUAAUGUUCAGUAUCACAGAGUGGCAUCAAUUGCAACUUCUUUAAAUAUACUUAAGCCUUUAGGUCUCAAAUAUUCCAGUAAGUUGGUUAAUACUUCCUUUUAUUCCUCCCCCUUUUAAAGCAUUUUCUGGAUUUUUUACUGGCUCUGGGGUGGGGUGGGGAAAACUAGAGGGGAGUAUGGAUGUUGCCAUGCUGCUUUCUCACAAUGGCAACUUGGAAACAGGGUUUUUCAAACUGGGUUCUGCAACAACUUGAUAGGCUCCAUAACUGAGGGCGAAAGGAAAAAAGAAAUUCAAGUAAUUUUGAUAUAUAAAUUUGCCUAAGUAAAUUACAAGCAGCACAACUUUCAUUUUAUUGGCAGUUUUCUAUCACUACAGCUUUGUCUCUUGAUCAGGGGUUCUGAGAAUUUUACUAACAGGUUCUGUAACCUGAAAAAGUUUGAAAACCCCUGCUUUGGAGCAUUGUGGAAAAUUAGACCAAAGCUAUCAGGGCCCAUUUGGAGGAUUGCUUGGUGUGCAAGAUAAGGGAAAAAUGUUAUGUAUGGAGGCUGCUGAUAUAGACAGGUGUCUCAGCAACACCAUUUUGCUGAGAACCCUUCAAAUUCAGCAUCGGGCUUCUGGCAAUUCUCAACUAGGCAUGCCACCAUCUUUGAGUGUUGUCAUGCUGUAGAAACAAAAAUGGAACUGAACAGUAAACUAGUUCAUCGCUGAGUUCAUACAACACCCUUAGACAGGAAAGAAAAAUGAAACGCCGUAACCAAGCUUAGUAUAUUGAGCAAAUGCAGCCAUUACUGUAUGCUUGUUACCUAACCUGAUUAAGUUUAUUAUGCAAACGCUGCCAUAAAGUAGUUCACUCUGCAAUUCCAUUUUUGGUUUUGUUGCAUGAUAGGCCAUGUAUGGUUCAACUGAUUGUGCAAACCCAGAAAUUCUAUACUACGUAACUUUAUGCAUCAUUAAUUGUCUUGUAGGGCCAGAAGAGGAAAAAUAACUAUUUGGUCUUCCAGAACAUUCUCUUUAGAGCCUUUAGUGUAAAUUUAAGCAGCUGUAAGAUAAAGAUCUGUUGAUAAAUUAUACAUGAUUUAUAAGGAAAUAGCGAUCUUCCCAGUGUGUUAUGUGGCUGUACUUGACUGUAGUAACCCCAAUCAUGCCUAGCCAUAUAGACUAGGGAUAAAAAUUCCUUUUUGAAACGUCUAGACGGAUAUCUGGUUGGGAAAAGUAAGUAGAGGAUCAUGUACUCACUAAGUUCUGAACUCUAAGUCUCUCUUCUAGAAUUUUCUUGUCUUCCCUGAAAUAUCCUAACCUUAAUUUACCGGCAUUUCCAUUUUCUCUAGAGUCUCUCUUAUCCUGUCCUCGCUACUUGUGGGUUAUUCUUUCUUGCCCUUUUGGAGCUUCUGACUCAGCUCUUUCAUAGUUUCUAGCAGUUUCUCUCAUCUGGAUGGAAAUUAAAAGGAAAUAUUAGGGAUUCUCCCUUUUGCUAUCAUAGGUGUUAGUCCUGCGUUUCUCAGGACUCUUUUGUGAAAAUUAAAGGCUAUAUGUCAUCGGGUGAGUACUGCAGUAUGCCUUCCUGGGCAUUUAUAUCCCUGCUUUGUAAGAGAGACAAACAACAGCACAAUGUAAAUAUACAGAAUGUGGAAGUGAGAUGCUUAAAAUAGAGAGGAAAGGUCAGUAACCCUGAGAGGAAUCCGCAAACUGCAUUUCUUGAUAAUCCCUAUAUAAUCAAGUCAGACUGUGUAGUUUUCUAAAUCAUUACCUGAGGGGAGGCUCUCUGUAAUACAAUUUGCAUUUAGCACU